AAGUUUGCUUUCUUAAAAAGCAAAUGGCCCACAACCUUCCUGGCUAUUACCAGCAUUCAGGCUCUCAUCAACCUGGCAUUUGAAGCCUAUGUUUUCGGCAAAUUUCAGCUGAGCUUGGGCGACUACAUCUCAGAUCCCCAGGUUCAGUCUCAAUACAAGACAAUCCCUACCUUUCUUACUCUAUUUAUUUUCGGUUUCCUUUACGAGUUGAUCAUCGUCCUGGAUGCGCUGCGCAUGAAGAACACCAUUCAGAUCAUCGGUGUCUGUAUCGCCAACCUGGCGCUCUUGGUCUAUGCGGCCCUCCAGAUUGAGCAGAUUCAGGUCGCUCUAGGAAUCCUCGAGGCCCACGGUUCAUUGGAACAGGGUAUUACCUCUGCUAUGCUCUGGGGUGAUAUCAAGGCCUACCUGAUUGCCAGUCCUGUCAUCAUUGCCGUUGCCACCAUUGGCAUGGUCUAUGUUGCCUGGAAACUCUACCAGCAAUUUGCCUGGGAUAUUCUCAAGAACAUCGGUGCUGAUUAUCGCAUGAAGAAGCGAUUCCUUCACUACCAGAUUUAUAUCGCCCUGCUCAAGUUCGAUUUCUUCUUCUUCCUGGGCUUCAUCAUUCAGUUCGUCGUCGUCGUCGCUCAAAAGACGGAUCCCGAAUUCGCUCUCACGAUUGCCACUAUCCCCGUCACGAUUGCCAUUCUGAUUGCUGCUGCAUUCUUCACUCAGCGAGAGAACAAGCCCGGCAUGAUUGUCGUCAUCAUCCUCUACUUCGGCGGCUUGUCAUACUUCAUCUUCAAGCUCUUCCGUAUCUACGAACCCAGCCGCGCUCAGUCUUACAUGGCCGUUCGAAAGUCCCUCACAGCGUUUGCCGUCAUCACCAUUCUGCUUAUCAUCAUGACCAUCAUCAACGCCAUCAUCUGCAUGCACAACUUCGGCUCCGGCCUCAAGGCCCACUUGAUGGCCCCGCGCAGAGUUGAUGAGAAGUCUGACAUCAACUCAUUCGGCAUGAACGAUGUCAAGACUCCCAUGGCCAACCGCAUGACCAUCGAUUAA